AUGUUAUGGCAAAUAAUAUGCUUACAGGAUCGAGGUUAUCGCUUUGUUUUAAAACCUAAAAAUUGAAAAAAGAAAAAUUUCUUGAUUCAAGGUUCUUAAUUUUGGCUCUUGUUUUAAGAAGAAAAAAAUUGAAAAACAAGAGAAUAACUUAUGGUAUGUGGUUAAUUCGUUCUCAUUUAAAGUAUGUUUGCUCAGAACCAGAUGAUUUAGGCUCUGUGCUUUGUUAAAAAUUCAAUGAGAAAGAAAGGAGCUUUAGUGAAUUUUUAUGCUUACAUGGCUAAUGCAUGAUUGUGGUGUCUGGGUUAGUGUGAUAUCAAAAACUUAUAAUAAUAAUAUAAUAAUGUAUUCUUGUUCAAAAAUAUAUUUUGUAAUAAUAUUAUGUGAUUGAAAAAUGUGUGGCAUUUAGUUCAUUUUCUUAGGAUAAUAUCAUUUAAGGGAAUGAUAUGGUGGAUUUGUCUAAGAGUUUUAAGAUGAACCUGCUGCAAACAGCAUUCAUCGUCCAAUGGCCCCCGAAAAUUCAAUUGUACUUUUACAGCAGUAAAGUCAUUAACCUCCAUUUGAGAUAAGGAUGAAGGAAGAUCAUAUUCACUUCCUGCUGAGGUUAUAUAUAUUGGACCUAUUCAUUUUUUGGUUCUAGUUAAUUAAACUCGAAGGAGCUGUAGAACGUACUUUAUGUAGCUAUGUGUAAAAUCUUUAAGAGUUAAACUAAUUCAUAAUUUCUUGUGCUUUCCAUGUAAAUCAUUUUGUAACAUCAUCAGAUAUGAUCACGUUUACUUUUCAUUGUCACAUUAGGCUGUCUUUUUUAUGUUCUGUGCAAAAGCUACUGAGAAGUUGAAUGACAAGAUAAACUUGUCAAUUUCAUUGGCAGCAUCUCCAGGACAUCUUCCUGAUUUUAAGAUGAUGGUUUUAUUUGGUUGUGGGGCUUUGCUUCUAAGGGGUGCUGGAUGUACGGUAAAUGAUCUCCUUGAUAGAGAUAUUGAUACCAAGGUAGAACGUACAAAAUUGAGACCAGUUGCAAGUGGUCUUUUGUCACCAUUUCAAGGGCUUAGCUUUCUUGGGUUUCAAUUGCUGUUGGGUCUUGGGAUUCUCCUUCAGCUGAACAAUUAUAGCCGCAUUUUGGGAGCUUCAUCUUUGUUUCUAGUCUUCUCCUAUCCCCUCAUGAAGAGAUUAACAUUUUGGCCGCAAGCAUAUCUAGGUUUAACAUUUAACUGGGGAGCUUUAUUAGGGUGGUCUGCUAUUAAAGGGAGUUUAGAUCCAGCUGUUGUGUUGCCGCUGUACAUGAGUGGAGUAUUUUGGACCCUUGUGUAUGACACAAUCUAUGCACAUCAGGAUAAGGAGGAUGAUCUAAAAGUGGGUGUUAAAUCAACUGCCCUGAGAUUUGGAGAUUCAACAAAGGAAUGGAUCACUGGGUUUGGAAUUGCAUGCAUCGGCAGUCUUGCCCUUAGCGGAGUCAAUGCUAAUAUUGGGUGGCCGUUUUAUGCAUUUUUGACAGCUGGUUCUGGACAUUUAGCUUGGCAAAUAUGGACAGUUGACUUGUCAUGCCGGUCGGAUUGCAACAAAAAAUUUGUGUCAAAUAAAUGGUUUGGUGCUAUUAUUUUCAGCGGAAUUUUGCUUGGCAGAUACUGGUCAUAAGAGGUCUGGAAGGAGAACAGGUUCAAUAGAAUUCAAUUCUAUUAUGUUUGUAACACAGUUGAUGAGAUGUACUCUUCUAUUUUAUGUGAAAGCGCCACAUAUCAACAUCCAAAGCUUGAGUUCUGAAUGGCUUAUGCAGUGUUUUUGAACCAACUUCCAUCAUUUUUUUUGAAAGCAGCCAACAGAAGAAGAAAAAGAAAACCUGUGAACUAACUGGCCCUGAUUAGUGCUCUGGUUCACCACACUUACUUUGAUUCAUGGGCACAUAGUAUGUAGAACGAAUGAUGCAUGCUUUCGUUUUCCUCUUUUUGAAGGGCAUGUUAUAGUCGACUAAAUUAUAUAUAUAUACACACUUUAUUUUGAUGUAUAAUUGAUUUAUUGUCAUGCAAUAAUAAUAUUGUGGUUCAAUCAUGGAUUAAUCCUAUUAUAAUA